AUGGCUCUCAGGGAAGCCGACGGAAAUAUGCGCAUCCAGAAAGGCCACUUUGUCUACUGGAUGGAUUCCGACAAGGAGAUUCCCCGAGGAGAUCUGGGCUGGGUCAGUCUGACUCGAGGCUACGAUGGUGACAUUGGCGUGCUUUUCCCUGGCCCGGAUGGGAUCAGACCACAUCCCUGGCAGGGCGACCUGUCACAUGAGCAUCUCUACAAAUCCUGGUUCCAAAAAAUGAUGUGGGUUCAUGUUGCCGACGUGCCGGGUGUGUCAUUCUCGGACAUCGGCUACGUGUACGAAUACGGCGGAGGAGAUGUGCAGGUGACGAUGAAAGAGGCGCUCAUCCAGGCACCGCCUGAGGCCAUCCACCGAUGCGACUUCCAGCAUCGCUCUUGGGUGCACAUCCUGGAUCACCCUGAGAGCGAGCUCGUGAGCUUCGUGGGCACGUACAUGAAGAGCGGCAAGAUUGUUGCGUACAGCCCGUCGGGGAGGUGCGCGGAGUACGAGCCGUGGCAGUUAGCACUGGCGCGGGUGCAGGAGAAGUCAUGGGUGCUCUCGGAUCAGGGCGAGGUGGGUGUUGCCAAGGAUGAGGAGAAAGGGAAGAUUCUCGUGCGUUUCCCAAGCAGCGGCAAAGAGGAUGCGCCAAGAGAGGAAACCUUCAUGCCGAAAGAGCUGAAGUUGUCCCCCAUCCAACCAAAGAUGUUUGUCACCUGGACGGGUCAUGACGAGGAUGUGCCGGAAGGACACGUGGGAGAGGUCUAUGACCUCAAAAUGAAGACCGCGCGCAUCAACGUCCGCUUUCCCAAAGGUGAUUGGGACUUCAAGGUCACGGAGCUAGUGCCUCACAGGCUCCAGCCAGGGAAGUACGUUUGGUGGAAGUCCUCGGAUGAGGACAUCCCGAAAGGUCACAUCGGAGAAGUGAUCAAGUUGAAAAAAGAUCAGAUCGCGGUACAGUGGCCGAAAAGCUGGUGGAGCAUGAAGCCUGACCGAUUGCUGCUGCUGCCGUUUCAGAGAGGCGAUCGAGUCACGUGGAAGCACGAGAGCGCCGAUAUCCCUAAGGGCACCAUCGGCACGGUCAUCAGCAUUUGCUAUCACCGGAAGGGUGGUGAUGAUGGUGCGGGCACGAGCCUCUUCGUGUACUGGCCCGGCUUUGGAAGACUCGUAAUGAGGCCCGAUUCGCUGCGGAGCGCGAACUGGAACACGCAGAGCAUCAACCGCCUGAAGGCAACCUUCGGCCGCUUCGACCGGAAUGGUGACGGCAAGAUCUCCGAGGAAGAGUUGGUCUCCGUUAUGUCGAGCUUGGGCGACUUGUCUGAGAGCGAGUGCCGUGAACUCUUCAAGUCCCUCGACAAAGAUGGCAAUGGCAAGCUCUCUGUAGCAGAGUUCGUGGACUACGUCUUCGCGGAUGAGGACCGCUACGCCGGCGAAGGGCUUGCAAAGCAACUUGGUAUGGAGAAGCCACCGACGCCUGUUUCUAAGCCGAAGGAUGAGGCUCCGCCGGAUGAAGGCUCUGGAGGCUUCAUGUCCCAAGUGGGUUCCUUCUUUGGGUUUUGA